CAUCUCCCACCGCCGCCCACACAACUCGCACACGCCCACGAUGGCCAGCACCAAGCCAUUGACGAUGCUGGCACGUGGCUCAUCGGCCACAACACUGCUCAGGCAGUCACAGUUCGCUCCACGCUUCGCCUCGCCCGCCACCGUCGCCUUCUUCAGCACAACCUUCCCUCGCGCCGCCACGCCUGCCGGACCUCCUCCUCCCGGUUUCCGGUUACCGCGUCAGAAGAAGUGGGAUGAGGGCGAGUCGGCAUUAGACAAGGCAGGCAAGUACUUCUUGCUCGUGGAGAUGUUCCGCGGCAUGUACGUGUCGCUGGAGCAGUUUUUCAGGCCACCAUACACCAUAUUCUACCCUUUCGAGAAGGGCCCGAUUUCCCCCCGCUUCCGCGGCGAGCACGCCCUGAGACGGUACCCAACUGGCGAGGAGCGUUGCAUUGCCUGCAAGCUCUGCGAAGCUAUCUGCCCGGCGCAGGCUAUCACAAUUGAGGCCGAGGAGCGCAUGGACGGUAGCAGGCGGACUACACGCUACGAUAUCGACAUGACAAAGUGCAUCUACUGCGGUCUCUGCCAGGAAUCCUGCCCCGUCGAUGCCAUUGUUGAGGGCCCCAACGCUGAGUACGCCACCGAGUCGCGAGAGGAGCUCCUGUACAACAAGGAGAAGCUGCUGGCCAACGGAGACAAGUGGGAGCCUGAGAUUGCAGCCGCUGCCCGUGCGGACGCGCCUUACAGAUAACGAAAGAGCAGACAGCGAGAGAAAAAGAACGGUACUCAGGGUCUGUAUAUAGUAGGGGAGCGGUAUGUCUAGCUCAGCAAUUGGUUUCCUUUGUGAUUGUACUGUGAUUGUACAAGGGUAAAACUCAAAUUUCAAUUUCAACAAGUACGCAA